AUGGCAACCAACGACCUUAAAUCUACCUCACCGGAAUCCGACAAGAACAAAGCGACCAUCAAGGCCCUUUAUGCGGCAUUGGCUCUGGGUGAAUCCAACAAGGUGGCCGAGCUCCUGGCCAGUGAUCUCGAAUGGUGGUUCCACGGACCACCCGGUUGCCAGCACAUGAUGCGGACGCUCACGGGCAAAUCGGACUACUCAGCCUUUCCAUUCCAUCCACGUAGCAUAACAGCUAUAGGCACCGACUAUGUGAUUGCCGAGGGGUGGGAAGGGGCGCAGGCAUAUUGGGUCCAUGUUUGGACGCUGAAGAACGGGCUGAUCGCGCAGUUCAGGGAGUAUUUCAACACGUGGCUCAUCGUGAGAGACGUGUCAUCACCGAGGCGGGAGGCUGCACGGGCAAGUUAUACACUGUGGCAGAGCCAGCCGAGGGACCACUUCGAGCAGUCUUUGCCAGGGCUUUUGCUCGCGAUAUGA